UUUUUCCAUCCCUACUGCAUUGUCAUCUUUUGCCGAGAAAGGAGUUAAAUCCGCAAUACAAUUAAUAUCAGCACUAUAGCACAUUUAAUUUGAUUUACAAUGGAAGUUGAUGAAGAAGAAUUCGAGGUUCCCUCCAGCAGCAGCAAAGGCGAGAAGAAACGUUUCGAGGUCAAAAAGUGGAAUGCUGUGGCACUUUGGGCUUGGGAUAUCGUUGUGGACAAUUGUGCCAUUUGCCGCAAUCAUAUCAUGGAUCUGUGUAUUGAAUGCCAGGCGAAUCAGGCAUCAGCAACCAGCGAAGAGUGCACCGUGGCCUGGGGCGUUUGUAAUCAUGCCUUCCAUUUCCAUUGCAUUUCACGUUGGCUGAAGACCCGUCAAGUUUGCCCACUGGAUAAUCGUGAAUGGGACUUCCAGAAAUAUGGUCACUAGACGAGCAACGGCAACACUAGCACACACACACACACCGACACAUGCACACACACACACACUUAUUCAAACUCACAUUCAUAUAAAGGAUGAGCAGAAGUGAGAUGACCAGUUUCUAGCAACUGGACAAUCUUAAUAGGAGCAUAAAAAUCUAAGUGAUUCUAUUGUCAUAACUAAUAAAUAUAAAAAUAUAAAACUAUAUGUGAA